CUAUCUCCGAAGAUUUCCCUGACGUAUCAACAAGAAAUGGUCAACUGAAACAAGGAUUGUCUACAAAAGAUCAAGGAAAUUCACGUAUUUUCUCCCAAAAUCUCAACAAAAUGGAAUUUAAGCGAAGAAAGAAGAAAAAGGAGAGCGAGGAAGAUAAUGUUGAACCAACUAAAGAAGAGACAGCCAUUGGGAAAUAUUUAAGGUGGAAUUGCCCGACAAAAUCUUCGACAAUGAUGGGAAACAAGGUUGACUACUUUGUAGCAUCAAAAGCAGUAGACUGUCUUAUGGAUUCUAACUGGGCAAGUGGAAAAAAGAACACGGAGAUUAUCUUUACAGACAGGGACUCCGUAGUGGAUUACUUAGACAGGCUUCUAGCUCUUGGCUUUUUCAGUCGUGUCAUCAAAAUAAAGAAAACUAAGGGAAAAGACAAGGGAAAAGAGAAAGAAAAAGCUGAAGAAGAUGAACCCAAAARGAAGAAGAAAGAAAAGAAAGAAAAAACAGAUGAAAGUAAAAAAGAUGACAGCGCACAAGGAGAAGAGCAACUAGACAAAGAAACAGAAAGCAAAAGUGCUACCACGUCAUCCAGCACUACUAGUACUACAACUACAGAAGAGGGAAAGAAAAAACGGAAAGUCAAAGUCAAAUUAGAACUACAUGAUGACCAGAUCUUCCUUGAUGGUGAUGAGGCCUAUGUGUGGAUUUUUGAUCCCGUCCACCCCAAAACCUUUGUAAUGGGAAUCUUAGUAGUCUUGGGUUCUAUUGGCAUCUGUUUGUUCCCAUUGUGGCCAGAUUCUGUCCGAGAAGGAGUUUGGUACAUCAGUGUUAUUGCUGCUGUUGGUAUUGGUUUUAUUCUCUUCUUGGCAGUCUUCCGUUAUAUUCUCUUUGGUGUGAUCUGGGCAGUCAGUAUCGGUAAACACCAUUUCUGGCUUCUACCGAACCUCACAGAAGAGUGCGGAUUCUUUGAGUCAUUCCAGCCACUGUACACCUACGAAUACCGCGCUAAAACAACGACAACAACAGAGGAAAUAACCGACACAAAAACCGAUGACCAACAAGACGAAGAGAUGGAUACCCCGAAACUACAAGACGACGUGGACAAAGACACUGGUAGCGAUGACAAGGAAGAUAAAGGAGACAGAGAUUCCUGGGUUAAGCUAACAGACGAAGAAGUUGAAAAGGCAAAGAAAGAAGCAAAGAUGGAUGAAUACCAAGUAAAAGCAGAGGAACAUGACGACAAAAAGGAAGAAAAAACCGACGAGGAAAAAAACACUACACAGCCAACAAAUCCCGUCUGCUAGUCACGUAAUCUCUAGUUUAAUUACCAUUGGUUGAUUCUUGAAUGACGUCAUCGGACAUUAAGGUCACGUGAAUGGAGUCGCUUUAUCUGAUUGGCUGGUUCAGUCACGUGAUUGAUUGCUACUACCCGGCAUUCUUUGUUGCAAUAAUUCCAUAUAUGGGUCGUGUAAAGAUAAUAUAAUGUGSUUGGGUUUUAAAAGAUUAUUUACAACAUUGUAGCAUUGAAAAUAUUUUAAAGAAAGCUUGGUUUCAGUUUUGAAUUAAACAGCUGAAACCGCA